CGCUCGCAGCCAACCAACCAACCCUGACAGACUGACACUAUGACUGAUUACAGUGAUUUGGAUCGGCAAAUUGAGCAGCUCAAACGCUGUGAAAUAAUCAAAGAGAAUGAAGUGAAAGCCUUGUGUGCCAAGGCCCGUGAGAUCCUUGUCGAGGAGGGUAAUGUUCAACGUGUCGAUUCACCGGUAACCGUGUGCGGUGACAUUCAUGGUCAGUUCUAUGACCUCAAGGAGCUGUUUAAAGUUGGCGGAGAUGUUCCAGAGAAAAAUUAUCUCUUUAUGGGAGAUUUUGUCGAUCGCGGUUACUAUAGUGUGGAGACAUUUCUUCUGCUCCUCGCACUCAAGGUACGUUAUCCCGAUCGCAUCACAUUGAUUCGAGGUAAUCAUGAAUCUCGUCAAAUUACCCAAGUCUAUGGUUUCUAUGAUGAAUGUCUACGAAAAUAUGGUUCGACGGCUGUGUGGCGUUACUGCACCGAAAUCUUUGAUUAUCUAUCGCUAUCGGCCAUCAUUGAUGGUAAAAUCUUUUGUGUCCACGGUGGCCUAUCACCAUCCAUACAGUAUUUAGAUCAAAUUCGUACCAUAGAUCGUAAACAGGAAGUGCCGCAUGAUGGUCCUAUGUGUGAUUUGUUGUGGUCCGAUCCAGAGGAUCAAACCGGUUGGGGUGUAUCACCUCGUGGAGCGGGAUAUUUAUUUGGAGCUGAUGUUGUUAUGCAAUUUACCCGUACCAAUGACAUCGAUAUGAUAUGUCGUGCCCAUCAGCUGGUUAUGGAGGGUUUCAAGUGGCAUUUCGGAGAAGCUGUACUCACGGUGUGGUCGGCACCGAAUUACUGUUAUAGAUGUGGCAAUGUGGCAGCUAUAUUGGAACUAAACGAGUACCUGCAUCGUGAUUUUGUUAUAUUCGAAGCAGCACCACAAGAAAGUCGAGGUAUACCCUCGAAAAAGCCUCAAGCCGAUUAUUUCCUUUAAAAGUAAAA